AUGAACCAGGGGUCCAGCUCCGCUAUGCUGCGGGAGGAGGAGGAGUAUCUAGGUAGGAGAACCCUGAGCGUCGUGGGUAAGAAGCUCCGAAAAGAAAGAGCAAAGCAAAGCAGCCCACUUCCUGCCCUGUUCCCACCCCACCCCCCUCCUUCUCUCCUUCCCCUUGCUGUUGCUCUCGCUCUUGCUCUUGCUGUUGCUCUUGCUCUUGCUGUUGCUCUUGCUGUUGCUCCUCCUCCCCGCUACCUGCUCCUGCUCCUGCUCGUCCACCACAGGCUGUCAAUUGCUUUCCUGUCACACCCCCUCCUUCUCAAUUCCUCGACUUCAUCCUCCCCCUCCUCUUUCCUCCGCCAUGCAAGUCCUCCACCCGAUUGUCUCGACUCGAAUCUUGCCUGGUUCUGCAUCCACGCCCCCUGCCUCGUUCUCAUCCUCCUGCCCUCCUUUUCCCCUUCUUCUUCCAUCCCCCUCUUCCCACAGACCCUGGGGUCAACCAAGCCAAUCCAAUCCACUAGACACACUCGAUCCCCCAUCGAGUCAUUGAUCUCUUCCACCAACGCCAACCAAUUGUCGGCUCUUGACAUCGUCGGCGGGUCGACUUGCCGACCUUUUCCCCUACCUUACACUGACCCCCCGAGCUUUGAGGUUACCCUCCUGCCAUUGGAAGAUGACGCCGUAGCCCGGUGGUACCUUGAAUGA